ACGAAUUUCCUGUGGAAUUUAUUGCUCAACGUUUGUAUUAUAACAUAAUUUCAACUAACAUUUAACUUUUGUUAAAUCCAUGUUUAAUCGGUGUAUAUACAUAAUCAGUGUUUCUGUUUUAACCCUUCUGUGUGCAGUACUUAAUUUUUGAACAGUAAAACUAUAACAAUAAAAUUUUAGCUUCUUUUGUAUUGCAAGAUGCCCGCUAAACAGAAUAUUUAUUUUUUGUCACUAUGCAAAUGUCGUCAAAAGUAGACUUUAGACUUUAAUCAUCACAAUGUCGUAAAUCUGAAGAUGUCUGUAACCUAGCCCUUCAUGUGUCUAUGUUCUACCACAUUAUUUAUGCCUACUUGCCUACCAUUUAUCUCCUUUUUCACAGUGCCCCUCUACAUUUUCCAAUACCUUCCAUUCCUAUCUAUUAAAACAAUUUCAGCACAAAAUUUUUGUUCAUUUCAAAGCCAAAAUAAAAUGUUGAGGGCUAUUAUUUUAGGUGCUCCAGCUUCUGGGAAAGGUACAAUAUCUUCCAGAAUAAUAAAGCACUUUAAUUUGGAGCAUAUAGCAAGUGGUGAUAGACUGAGGCUGCAUAUUAAGAACAAUACUUCAUUGGGUGUUGAAGCCAAGAAAUAUAUAAAUGAAGGAAAAUUAGUACCAGAUGAACUUAUUACAAAAUUUAUAUUGAACGAGAUAAAGCAAUGCAAUAGCAAAAGUUGGCUGCUAGAUGGUUUCCCUCGCACAUUAUUUCAAGCACAGACUCUUUGGAAAGCUCAAAAAAUCGAUGUUGUCUUAAAUUUAAAUGUACCGUUUGAUGUCAUAAUUGAAAGAGUAAAAGGACGACUUGUUCAUCUUCCUAGUGGAAGAACUUACAAUACUGGUUUUAAUGAACCAAAAAUUCCUGGAAGAGAUGAUAUAACGGGAGAACCAUUAGUACAAAGAGAAGAUGAUAAACCAGAAGUGGUGAAAAAAAGACUGGAACAAUAUGAACUGCUUACAAAACCAGUAAUUAAGUUUUAUGAAGCACUAGGCGUGUUACAGACAUUUACUGGUAAAACUUCUGAUGAAAUAUGGCCAAACAUUAAAGAUUAUUUAAGUAAAAAAAAAUUAUCUAAAGAACAAGACGCAUUAGGGUGAUUAAUUACACAACAUUUGGUAUUACUUUAUAAUACUGUUACUGUCUAUAAUGCACACUGU